AUGUCAAACGCGAUAGAGGAUCCCCGGGUCAGGGCGGCCAUUGAGCACUACCUGUUAGAUCUGGAGAACACCCAGCCGAAGAAUACGAAGCGAAAUUAUCGUCCCAAGCAGGAAGAAUGGAAGGAGUGGUGUCAAGCCAACUGGCCUGCGAUCCCGGACGUUUGGCCGGCCUCGGUACCACAGGGCCAACAGCUACCCGGAGACCUGGUCGAUGAAGGAAAGCUCUUGCUCUUCAUGAAGGAGAUACCCGACCACACCAACGUGGCAUGGCCCGAGAGGAAAGAGAUCGCCUGCGCCCUGAGGACGCAGGUGGACUUUCUGCUCGGGAACCACAUGCUGCUGCGGUCCGGCAACCGCCUGCCGAUGGAGUUGGCAGACUGCUUUCCCCUGGACUUACCCAACGAGGGCUGCAAGGCCCAGGGGUAUACCACGAAGGCGCUGGUUGUCGUGAUGAACUGUGGGAAGACCAACCAGCACGGCCGCAUGGAAAAAGGCGGAAAGGUUUCCGUCUUCCAAAGAAGCGAAGACUGGUAUGAAACGAAGGUGCUCCGCCGAUCGGCGAAAGAGCCUCAAGCUCCGUUGUCGGGCCAGACUGCCCGAGAAUGGACGUCCAGGUUCUACAAGAAGGCCGGCAUCAAGGUCUCCAAGGUCAGCCACGCGCCUAGAGUGGCCGCGACGCAAAACGCCGACAUGGCCGGAGUGGAUGAAGGCCAGAUCCGCCGAGCCGGUCGUUGGAAUAACGGAGACCAAAUGACCGGCUGCUAUCUGACUUCCCUGCCUUUCGAAUUCAUGAGGGCCGUGGCCGACUUUGACCCUGAAUGGUCGGGGUCUUAUUUCGUGCCCGGGCCACCUAGCCCUUUCUCAGAUCUGGGGGUGGAGCAGAACAUGGCCGCCGGCGCCUUCUUGGAACUCCUGGAGUGGCUUCGAGAGGUGCUCCUGCAGGACGCUGUCUUCCUUCGCGAGUCCUACCCCGACCAUCCUAUCUUCCAGGAUCCGGUCUUCUCUUGCCCCGAGUUUGAAGCGUUCGCCAGCAAAGUUCAAGACACAUGCACACGGGACCACGAAGACAGCCAUACCACGGUCAUUCAAAAAGCGAUGCCGGUGGUUGCGGAGAAGCUGCGCACAUUGGAUGAGUUUGCGCAGGCGACCUACACCGUCACCUUCAGCCCCGGCCAAGGUGCUGCAGGUCAACAUGCGGAGAUCGCGGGAGCUCAUCAACAGAGGCGCCGCGCUCCACGAGAGACGGUCCUCAGGUCCGAGAUAGGCCCUUCGCAAGCGGGCGGUCCGACAUACGCUCCGCUCUCUCUAGAGCAGCAGCAGGGAAUGGUGCAAGCGGGCCAGGCAAGCCCCCAGGGAAGAGCGCAUGGCGAGCCGCCUGGGCCGCGCGAACCUCCGAGCUUCAAGCUCCCCGUUCUGUCAAAUCUGUACAGGAGCUGCUGCGUCUCUGGCGGCAGGGCUGGGGCGAAAUGCCUUCUGUGGAUUCUCUUGAGCGAGACUGGGGUGCUCGAUGGCGGCCAUCUGCAGAGAAGAAUUACCUUUCCACGCGCAAGAUCAUCGUCGAUGAGGUUCGGAGGCGGGCCCAGUCGGACGGCUUAA